UUUUUUUUUUUUUUUUUUUUUUUUUUUUUUUUUGGAGUAAGAGGAAUAUUGCAUUUUCCAUUUGAACUCAUUGAUUUAUUGGGAUCACGUGAUCUGCAUCCUAGAGUUUAUUGGGGAAUGCAGACAGCUGACAUGGACUUUCAUUAAGUUACAAGAGCAGACUGCACACUGACUGGCUAUGAUGUUUAAAUCAGACUUUUGGAUCUGUCAUUUAAAACGGCUUGUUUAGAACCGACUGACAUCAAUGUAGGAUUAACCUUAUGAAACACAAACAGAUGCUGCCAGAGCCUCCCCCAUCCCUCAACAUCAUUCACUCUGACCUGUGCAUAUAGCAGGACAACAAAGGGUGUUUACUGGAUAAAAACUGAGUUGCCAUGGAUCAGGAUAUGGUGAACAUGUUUGCCAUUGCUGCAGGGACUCUUGCUAUCCCUCUCCUCCUCUUCAUGGCCUCUUUUAUGCUGUGGCCAUCAUCACUCAUCAAAGUCUAUUAUUGGUACUGGAGGAGAACUCUGGGUCUGCAGGUACGUUAUGCAGACUGCGGGGGUUAUCGCUUCUGUUACUCAUACAGGGGGAAACCAGGCCUCAGGCCUUCUGUACUCAUGCUGCAUGACUUCUCUGCUCACAAGGACACAUGGCUCCCUAUGGUGAAGUACCUUCCCAAACAUCUGCAUUUACUGUGUGUCGACAUGCCGGGGCAUGAGGGUACAACACGUACCAACACAGACGACUAUUCAAUCCAGGGUCAGGUCAAGAGAAUACGGCAGUUUGUAGAGGCCAUUCGGUUAAACAGAAAGCCAUUUCAUCUGGUGGGCACUUCGAUGGGUGGGACUGUGGCCGGAGUGUAUGCAGCCCAUCAUCCCUCAGAUCUCUGCGGUUUGACCCUCGUCUGCCCAGCGGGUCUGAAGAACCAAAUCACGAGCCAGUUUGACAGUAAGAUGCAUGAAGUGGAGCACAGCCAGUACACGCUGAAUAUUCCUCUGAUCCCGUCCACCCCGGAGGAGAUGGAGGAGAUGCUGAAGCUCUGUUCUCACGUGCGCUUCAGAGUGCCUCAACAGAUUCUACAAGGCCUCGUGGAUGUACGGGUGCCACACAAUGACUUUUAUCAUGAAGUUUUCAUGGAAAUUAUGAGUGAAAAAUCUAAAUAUGCCUUGCAUGAGCAUAUACAGCAAAUAACUACCCCUUUACAAGUCAUCUGGGGCAAACAGGACCAGGUGGUGGAUGUGUCUGGGGCAGCGGUGCUCACCGAGGCUCUUCCAGGCUGUCGUGUUGAUCUGCUGGAGAACUGCGGUCAUUCUGUUGUGAUGGAGCGACCACGACAAACAGCCAAACUCAUUUUAGAUUUCAUCAUCUCUCAGCAGAGCACCGAGAGCGCCAGCACCAAAAAGAAAUCCUGAGACAACUCAGGAUGUAUUACUAAAUACUUAACUGCAGCACCCCACUGGCCCUGAAGUAUAUAACAACCUUCUGGAGAAAUAAUAUAAGUAAUAAUUUUGUAGUAUGUAUGUUCACAUGCAAACAGCCUUUUAAUUGAUUAAGUUCAUACUUAUAUAAAAAAAAAAAUUGUAUUGUAACACUUUACAAUUAGGUUUAAUUUGUUGACGUUAGCCUGAGCUAACAACUAUGAAAAAAUAUUCUACAGCAUUUAUUAAUCUUAAUGUUCAUUUCAAAAUUAUACUUUUUAAAAUUGUGAAAUCAUUAGAAAACAAUAAUUGUAUCUAUUGUAUUGUAUUUUGAAUAGCUAACAUCAACAAAGCUUAAUAAAUGAUGUAAAAAAUAUACUGAACAUUAUUAAUUCAUGCUAUUGGAUUUACUAAUAUGUCCCAAAGAGAUCUUGUUGUAAAGUGGUACCAUAUUGAUGGUAGAGUUAUAAUACUUUUAUGUAUACAGUGUAGUGAUUAUUAAUGCACUUCAUUCUAUGGGUCUUAGUCAGAGAUGGGGACUCGAGUUUGAGACUCGGACUCGAGUGCGACUUAAGUCGCACAAACAGUGACUUCAGACUCGACUUGAGACUCGUCCUCGAAAGACUUCAGACUCGACUCGGACUCGAGCUCCGGGACUCGUGAGCAAUGUUAAUUUUUAGUAAACGUCAGAUGAGCUCGCUGUUAGAGUUGUGACGUUCGCGAACGAACCGAUUCUUUUGAACGGCUCAUAAACAUGAACGAUGGGAGCCGAGUCACGGCUGGAGGGGAGCCGUUCUUUCUGUCGCUCUUUUUUCCUAUGCGUGUUUCAGAGCGCGUGUUUCACACAGAUGCACACAAAUGAGCUCCUCCGCGAGACAGAACAGUUAUAAGGGGAGGGGCGCACCCAGCGCAGGCUAAUAACUAAGAUAUUAGUUAUUAGUUGUGCACGCAUCCUUCACGUGAGUACUCCAGUGGAAAAAAACCUGCGUGCCUCUGUCAUUGGGUAGGAGCGGAGCCAUGACGUUUUGCACAGAUAUUCAUUGCAGCCCACUUUGUUAUUGUUCAUUGACUUGAAGGGGCUGAUGUCCUAUUUGCAAAGUUUACAGUAGUAAUAGUAUGUAGACAUUUCCAUUUUAUUUAUUCUAAUUUUAUCUACUUUAAAUAUUUUUGGUUCUCUAUCAAAAUGUUAUUGUGUGAUAACAAUGUUCUUGUGUGGAAGUGUUUGUAGUAAAAGCUGUUUUGCACAGAAAUUCAUUGCAGCCGGCUUUGUUUUUGAUGUUUAUUUGUGAGUAGGUAUUGUAUGAAUAACAUAAGUCAGUGUAGCUUUGUUCAUUCUUAAGCCAGACAAGAGGUGUGCAGCUAUACAGCCAGGACAGACAGAAGGCCAUUACUGAAUCCAUAAAUGCAAAAUAACUUAAAAGUAAAGCAUUCUUGGUGUUUUUGUCAUGUUGCAAUAGCCUGUUUACACUGAUUAUAUACCAAAAUCAAAGUUGAUAUUGUAUGCUAAUAAAUAGAGUUGUCAUAAUAACAUAUUAAUAUCGUAUUUGUGCAUUGUUAUUCAUGUAAUUACAUGCUUUGAAUUCCUUAUAUAUAGCUAUGCAGUGUUCUAAGCAGCUUGGAUGGGUCGCUGUACGUGAUGCAAAAUUUAUUAUAACCAGAGACUUAAUAUAAUAAAGAGACUUGAGACUUGACUUGGACUCUAGCUCAGAGACUUGAGACUUGACUUGGACUCUAGCUCAGAGACUUGAGACUUGACUUGGACUCUAGCUCAGAGACUUGAGACUUGACUUGGACUCUAGCUCAGAGACUUGUGAGCAUCUCUGGUCUUAGUAAUUCUGGGUCCUAUGAUUUUAUAUAGCACUGAGUACCAUGCCACUUUGUUUAAGUCCAGUUAUACAUAAGAAUGUGAAAUGUGAAAGCCUGUGAAAGUGUGAUUUUAAAAAUUUCUUCUAAAAUGAACAUUUUCAUCAGGCUCCUGUGUUCAGUAAUUUCACAUUAAUUGAAAUUAAUAUGUUCUUUUCAUUUCCACUAAUGUGAAGUAACUGAACAUAGAAAAACUGAGAAAAAUACUAAUUUCAGAAAGUCACUUAGAGGCUUUUGCAUUUGAACUCUACAUUCACUAGGUGAUGAUGAUUGAUUUAAAUAUUAAAUUAAGGAUUAAAACAUUACCAAUGCUUGCAUUAUGCAAAGCACGGUCUGUGGAUUAAUUAGAAGAAACAUGGGCUACAUUGUAUAUAACAUUUCUUAAUUAUUUUACUACAUUAACCCUGCUGGAACUGUUGUGGGCUUCUAGCAUCAUUCCUGGUUUUAGCUACAUGUCCAAUAAACUAUGUUUUCCCGUCCAAAA